GUACAUCCGGGUCCCUGUGCUAUCGUUAAUAGAUGCAGGCUGAGGCUCUCUCUCGGAGGGGCUGGGGUUGAGCUCUAAGGUUAGGGCUUUUUUCCUCAAAAACACGCUGGCCAAAUACAGCAACAGACUUGCUAAUGAGAUUCGAAAACAUUUUGUCGUCGCCACCCAUGUCAAAGUAAUGCAUCCCUGGCUCACCCAGAACGGAGAGCUAGUCUCUUUUUCAACCUGAAUGCAUUGAAGGCGGUUUCGCCCCCUCACUUAGCUAUCGCUCGUAGCCUCUCUCUUUCUUUCGGUAUUUCUCUUCGCGGUAGCGAUUCCUCUCGCUGCCGCCGCCUUUGUGUCUUUUUUCAUAUAACGCAAAGCUCGUUCCGGAUUUGGGUCAAAGGAUAGGUGAAAAUGGGUGCUUUUUUGGACAAGCCAAAGAUGGAGAAGCAUAACUCUCACGGGGAGGGGAACGGCCUGCGCUACGGCCUGAGCAGCAUGCAGGGCUGGCGGGUGGAGAUGGAGGACGCGCACACGGCCGUCAUCGGCCUCCCGCACGGACUGGACCCCUGGUCCUUCUUCGCCGUGUACGACGGGCACGCGGGCUCCCAGGUGGCGCGCUACUGCUGCGAGCACCUCCUGGAGCACAUCACCAGCAACCCGGACUUCCGCGGCGCCGCCCCCGAGCCGUCGGUGGAGAGCGUCAAGACGGGCAUCCGGACGGGCUUCCUGCAGAUCGACGAGCACAUGCGCGCCAUCUCGGAGAAGAAGCACGGCGCCGACCGCAGCGGCUCCACGGCGGUGGGCGUGAUGGUGUCGCCCAAGCACAUCUACUUCAUAAACUGCGGGGACUCGCGGGGCCUGCUGAGCCGCAAGGGCAAGGUGCACUUUUUCACGCAGGACCACAAGCCCAGCAACCCGCUGGAGAAGGAGCGCAUCCAGAACGCCGGCGGCUCCGUCAUGAUCCAGCGCGUCAACGGCUCGCUGGCCGUCUCCCGGGCGCUGGGCGACUUCGACUACAAGUGCGUGCACGGCAAGGGCCCCACGGAGCAGCUGGUCUCGCCCGAGCCCGAGGUGUACGAGAUCGAGCGGUCGGAGGCCGACGACGAGUUCGUGGUGCUCGCCUGCGACGGCAUCUGGGACGUCAUGGCCAACGAGGAACUCUGUGACUUUGUCCGGUCCCGGCUAGAGGUGACGGAGGACCUGGAGAAAGUCUGCAACGAGAUCGUCGACACCUGUUUGUACAAGGGAAGCCGAGACAACAUGAGCGUGGUGCUGGUGUGCUUUCCUGGCGCGCCCAAGAUCUGUCCGGAAGCUGUGAAGAGAGAGGCGGAGCUGGAUAAGUACCUGGAGAACAGAGUAGAAGAGAUCAUUAAGAAGCAGGGGGAUGAAGGAGCGCCAGACUUAGUCCACGUGAUGCGUACAUUAGCCACGGAGAGCAUCCCCAACCUGCCACCAGGCGGCGAACUGGCCAGCAAACGGAGCGUGGUGGAAGCUGUAUAUAAUAGACUCAACCCUUACCGGAGCGAGGAUACGGACUCCGCCUCCACUGACGACAUGUGGUAACGCAGCCCCACGCUUCGCCCGUCGCGUUUUACACACAAGCCACCUACACCGAAACCCCUCCACAAUCCCCCACCCCCCGAGACCACCCGCCACGCCCACCCACCCGCCCGCCCGCCUGCCAGGUUCUCUGUCCCUCCUCGCUCCUCCCGCCUCUCGUUUGUUAAAGAAGGGAACUAGCGGCCGAGGCGAACGGGGGGUUGGAGGAGACGCUCGGGACCCCCC